UCCUGAUGACGUAUUUGUGCGACUGAAAGAGCAGCGGCUCCGGAGCCGAGCUGGCAGCAGCGUCGGAGGAGGAGAAACAUGGUAGCGUCCACGGAGCGGAGACCAGGCGGUGAAGUGUUUCCCUCUUCUCCCUUGACACCGGGCCCCUGGUGGCGGCUCACCGUUCUGCUUUUGUCCGUGUCGUCCCUACCGACGGCGACCGCGCUGGUGGAGGGCCUUUACUGCGGCACCGAGGUCUGUUACGACGUUCUCGGCGUCACCCGGGAGGCCUCCAAGGCGGAGAUAGCUAGAGCUUACCGGCAGUUGGCCCGCCGGUACCACCCGGACCGGUUCAGACUCGGAGAGCCAGAGCUGGAAGGAGAAAGCGCGGAGUCCGCUCAUACGAAAUUCCUGCUCAUCGCCACUGCCUAUGAGACGCUAAAGGAUGAAGACUCUCGGCGGGAUUAUGACUACAUGCUGGACCAUCCUGAGGAGUACUACCAACACUACUAUGCCUACUACAGACGUCGGCUCACCCCCAAGGUGGAUGUCCGGGUAGUCAUCCUCGUCACCAUCUGUGCCAUCUCCAUAUUUCAGUACUACAGCUGGACCAGCAGCUACAAUGAGGCUAUCAACUAUUUAGUGACAGUUCCCAAGUACCGAAUCCAGGCCACCGAAAUUGCUAAGCAGCAGGGCCUCCUGAAUCGCACCAAGGAGAAGGGAAAAAAUCGGCGCUCCAAAGAGGAGAUUCGAGAGCAGGAGGAGGAGGUGAUCCGGGACAUCAUCAAAAACAAGAUUGACAUCAAGGGCGGCUACCAAAAACCCAACCUGACUGACAUCCUGCUCUGCCAGAUCCUGCUAUUUCCUUACUACCUGACCAACUAUGUCACCUGGUACGUGACGUGGAUCUAUCGCUUCAACAUCUGCAGGGAGGACUACGGCGAUGAAGAGAAGCUUUAUAUCAUCAGGAGAUACAUGAAGAUGUCCCAGUCUCAGUUCGACAGCCUGGACGAAAACAUGCGACAGACCUUCCUGGAGAAACAGCUAUGGAUCAAAGAAAACUAUGAGACCUACAGAAAGGAGCAGGAGGAGGAGAUGAAGAUCAAGAUGGCCACUGACCCCAGGAUGAAGAGGUACCGUCGCUGGAUGAGGAAUGAGGGACCGGGUCGACUGACGUUCGUUGACGACUGAUGGCGUCAGGCCUUGUCUGUUAACAUACACGCCAGUGUCAACUUGCACUUGGACGGCCUGCGCUACAAUGCUGUGUGAAGAAGACACGGCCACUCAGAUCAGCUGAUGCCUGUUUAUGACCUGUGGUUUUUUUUGCAGGCCUGAUGAAGCAGAAGUGGAAUAAACUGUAAAGCUGAGAAAUCAGAUUUUUUUUUAAUAUAACUUUCCUUAAUUGAACUUUGAGUUUUCAUUUUGUCCCAUUGGUGGAAUUGGUUGCCUCACUUUCCUAUACAAAAUUCCAUAGUGAAAAUCUGGAUUUUUAUAACAGAACACAAUAUAGCCCUAAUAUUUCAAUAUACAAAUGCACAUGUAUGUGUUGUGACCUUUUUUUUAAUUCUUUGUUCAGGUUUACCUCAGUGACACAAUCCAACCACAAAGGCAGUAUUAGACCGUUAGAUCCCAUUUCACAGUGACCUAAAAUUGAUGGAAAUUUCAUAUGGACUUGGUGCAAGAGUGGGACUUCUGUUUUACAAAUCACAGAAUUGUUGUGAAGGAGACAAUUUCCACAAAGUGAUAAAUGUGAAGCCAGAUCACCGCAAGCCAAACAACAGUGCAUUUGCUUUUCAUGCUCGAUCUUUUCUGCUGUGAUGACGCUCUCAGUUGAUCACAGAGCUGGACAUUUCUACCUGACUUGACUGAAAGACUACAGAAAAGAACAGACCAGACUAAAUGAAUCCUAGUAAAACUGCUGAAGGUCCGGCUGCUGCUCCUGUGUGACAUCUGAUCGUAGUUAGAUUUCAUACAAACAGGUGCUGAGCAUUUAUUUCACUGCAUGUCAUGAAAUGGAUUCUAAGCCGACUGGUACAAUGAGGUCGAGCUCAUCUAAUAUGCAUCGUUUUCCUUAAGCAGUAAAGGCAUUGAUGGUUCAACUCAUCGUCUCACACUGUCUUAUAAUCCUGGUUCUGAUGUGUCACCUGACCUCAGGGACACAGCCUCAUGUCAUGACUGUCAGAUUAUCGGGAUUUGCAUUUGAUUUGAUUCUGAUAAAUAAAACCAGUCCAGGUGUAUUUUUCUAAGGAA